UAAAAUGUGGUAAAUACACACAAUAGAAUAUUAUUUAGCCUUAAAAAGGAAGGAAAUUCUGACAUAUGCCACAACAUGGACAAAUCUUAAGGACAUAAUAUGAAGUGAAAUAAAAGACAAAUGCUAUAUGAGGUAUGUAGUCAAAAUCAUUGAGACAGAAAGUAGAAUGGUGGUUGCCAGGGGCUGAGGCUUGUCAUUCUGAGUGUGUUUCUGAAGAUAUCCUGACUAAUUCCCUGGAAACAUAGUGCAAAUACUGCUGAUUAUCUACAAACACUGUGGAUCAGGCAAUAUGCCAGGUGCUUGCCUUGUAUUGGUGGGUGGUCUCAGUUAAUCCUUGCAACUUUUGAAGUGAGUAUUAUUAAUCCCAUUAUCCUGUUUGAGAAACUGAAACCCAGAGAGUUUCAGCAUCUUGCCCAGGUCAGACAGCUCCUAAGACAGAGCUGAAAGUGACUCUACAGGCUGUUUUCUCUGCUACUCAAUAUGGCCCGUGGUGUAUGGGCAUGGGGAGCAUACUGAGGCUCCGAUCCAGAUGGCUGUGGGGACUUGGAGGCGAGGAUGUGGGCUGCAUUUCCUGCUUUGUGGAGCCACUUGGAGCAGCCUGAGGCUCGGCAGCACUCCCACCAGUAGCAGAGAGUUUGCAUGGCACCAAGCACCUGGACAGGUGUGUUCAGUCCCUCCCUGGGGGCAGAGCUGAGAGUCAAAAGGGAGCCUCCAGGAUUCAGCAGUGGUGGCAGAGCUGUGAGGACAGUUACCAUCCAUAGGCCCUGGCCCCUCACACGCUUAAGCCCCAGUGUCCUGCAGAUCCUCUCUACCCUCCAACCCCCCAAGCUGGGCCUGAGCAGAGCCUGGGUGCUGCCUUACAGAAGAUGAAUAAUUCAGGUCCCAGUGACCUGAGGUGUCAGUUUCAGUUGCUGUGUUCCCAUGGGCACAGGCAUCCAGAUGCUGUAAUUAAGUUAAUGGAAAGGGCCAAGGGUGAUGGUGGGAGCUGCUGUCCUGUGCCUCGGAGGGCUCGGGGCUGAUACAGUCCUUGCCCCAUCCUGCUGAAAAUGCGCCAUGCUCAUCUAGAGCUCAGGUAUGGGGAAUGCAGGCAGGAAGGGGGGGCAGGGUACUGAGAUAGGAGAAGAAAGGAAGAGAGAGUGGAAAGAGGAAGAUCACAGUCAGGAAGCCAAGAGAGACUAAGAGUUACAGAGGAACAGACAGAAGGAAACAGAGACAGAAGCUGAGUGAGAGGUAAAGGGGAUGGCGGAGGCAGAGAAAAGGACAGAGGCAGAGGCCAGAAGAGGCAAAGACCAGCAGAGAAGGAGAAACAGCAGAUGCGAAGGACCAAGUACCAAAGUCCAAGGGCAGGCAGGACCUGAUGCUGCCCUCGGGUGGGCCAGGAGGCUCAUACCCAGAGACCCACCCCACCUCUUGCUGUGGCAGGGCCAGGGGGCCCGGCAACCACUACCUCAGCCUGGGCUUCUCUGUCUCCAGCCUGGGCCUCCUGCUCCUGCUCCCACUCCUUCCAGAGUGCUUGGGAGCUGAGGGCAGGCUGGCUCACAGGCUGUUCCAUGACCUCUUCGCCAACUACACAAGUGCCCUGAGACCAGUGGCAGACACAGACCAGGCUCUGAACAUGACCCUGGAGGUGACAUUGUCCCAGAUCAUCGACAUGGAUGAGCGCAACCAGGUGCUGACCCUGUACCUGUGGAUGCGACAGGAGUGGACAGAUGCCUACCUACAAUGGGACCCCGAUGACUAUGGUGGCCUGGAUGCCAUCCGCAUUCCCAGCAGUCUUGUGUGGCGGCCUGACAUCGUACUCUAUAAUAAGGCAGACGCACAGCCACCGGCCUCGGCGAGCACCAACGUGGUUCUGCGGCACGACGGCGCGGUGCGCUGGGACGCGCCGGUCAUCACGCGCAGCUCGUGCCGCGUGGACGUGUCAGCCUUCCCCUUCGACUCACAGCGCUGUGGCCUGACGUUCGGCUCGUGGACGCACGGUGGGCACCAGCUGGACGUGCGGCCACGUGGCAGCGGGGCCGGCCUGGCGGACUUCGUGGAGAACGUGGAGUGGCACGUACUGGGUAUGCCGGCGCAGCGCCGCGUGCUCACCUACGGCUGCUGCUCCGAGCCCUACCCGGACGUGACCUUCACGCUGCUGCUGCGCCGCCGCGCUGCCGCCUACGUGUGCAACCUGCUGCUGCCCUGCGUGCUCAUAUCGCUGCUCGCCCCGCUUGCCUUCCACCUGCCUGCCGACUCGGGUGAGAAGGUAUCCCUCGGCGUCACCGUGCUGCUGGCACUCACCGUCUUCCAGCUGCUCCUGGCCGAGAGCAUGCCACCGGCGGAGAGUGUGCCGCUCAUCGGGAAGUACUACAUGGCUACCAUGACCAUGGUCACCUUCUCCACAGCGCUCACUAUCCUUAUCAUGAACCUGCAUUACUGUGGUCCCAGUGCCCACCCAGUGCCAGCCUGGGCUCGGGCAUUCCUGCUGGGACGCCUGGCACGGGGCCUGUGUGUGCGGGAACGAGGGGAGCCCUGUGGGCAGUCUAGACCACCCAAGUCACCUCCCAGUCCCCAGCCUCCCGAGGGAGGGGCUGGCCCCACAGCAGGCCCUUGCCAUGAGCCCCGGUGUCUAUGCCAUCAGGAAGCCCUACUGCGCCAUGUAGCCACCAUUGCCAACACCUUCCGCAGCCACCGGGCUGCCCAGCGCCGACAUGAGGACUGGAAGCGCCUGGCGCGUGUGAUGGACCGUUUCUUCCUGGGCAUCUUCUUCUUCAUGACCCUGGUCAUGAGCCUCCUGGUGCUGGUGCAGGCCUUGUGAGUCCUGGGAGUCUGCGGCAGCCACAGCAUCCCAGAUGGGGUGGAAAGGCCAGCCGCUUGUUAGCCUUCAGAUAGGCUGCCCAAUCUCUCCCUACUGUGCCUAAGAGCCUGGGAUACCCUCUCUCAGGAUCAGCACUGCUGACUUCACAAGCCACGAGGGAGCACUUGUUGUGUACGUACGCUAAACUCUAAGGGAAAUUCA